UUCGAUCCCCAAACACUAUUUCACAUUUUUGUAGUAAAGGCAUUUAAAAGCAACUUUAAUCUGUUUAUUGACAUAAUUUGUAUAUUUUGACAAACAAAAAAAAACCACGUCGCAUUAUUUCAUUGUCCAGUAACGUUAAUUGCCUUUUAACGUCUUCAUUAUUGUCAAUCGUUCCGCACAUCUGUCCGCCUUUCUCCGUCCAACCAAUGGGGUGAGGCUGUGGGCGGGCUCUGUCAGGAGGCGGAGUCUCUGUCGAUGGCCACGGGAAGCGCAGCUGCAUGAGCGAUGAUCUCUCAUUGAACCCGCAUUCUCUCCGUGUUUUUACCGCCGCGGUUUUUACCCCGGAACGUCAGCGUUCCCGCGAGCGCCGCUCACGGAAGAUCCCCGAGGGGAGGAGAGCGAGACUGCGGGGCCGCGGGCGGCGGAUAGCCAGGCCAGGAAAGGACGCUCAAGCCCGGUUUGAUGCUGGCGGCCCGUCCGCCCUUUAAACGCGGAUGCUGCUGCAUUCAUAAAGGAUCGCUGGAAAAAAAGCAGGGCUCGACGUCCUCUCUUUUCACAUUCGACGCCGAUUGGCCCACGACAGUCGCCCGGACGGACCGUGAGAGGCGCGACCAGACACGGCAGCAUCCUUCCGUACCUGCGGCUCCCCAGCGCCCGAUAGGCCCAGAGUCAUGGGCAACACGCCGGCCGCCAGACGGGGCAACGAGAUGGAAAGCGUAAAAGAGUUUCUGGCCUUCGCCAAAGAAGAUUUCCUCAGGAAGUGGGAGAGUCCUGCACAGAACACAGCAUGUCUGGAGGACUUUGAGCGAUUGAAAACUCUGGGCACUGGGUCAUUCGGCCGCGUGAUGUUGGUCAGACACAGAGAGACCGGGCAGCACUACGCCAUGAAGAUCCUCAACAAACAGAAGGUGGUGAAGCUGAAGCAAAUCGAACACACUCUGAACGAGAAGAGGAUCCUGCAGGCCGUCAGCUUCCCGUUCUUAGUGCGGCUAGAAUACUCCUACAAGGAUAACACUAAUCUCUACAUGGUGAUGCAGUACGUUCAGGGAGGAGAGAUGUUUUCACACCUGCGUAGAAUCGGCAGGUUCAGUGAACCUCAUGCACGGUUUUAUGCUUCACAAAUAGUUUUGACAUUUGAAUAUCUCCACGCGCUUGACCUGAUCUACAGAGACCUUAAACCAGAGAACCUCCUCAUAGAUCAGCAGGGCUAUAUCCAGGUGACAGAUUUUGGCUUUGCCAAGCGGGUCAAGGGUCGCACGUGGACGUUGUGUGGCACACCAGAGUAUCUGGCCCCAGAGAUUAUCCUCAGCAAGGGUUAUAAUAAGGCUGUGGACUGGUGGGCUCUGGGUGUGUUGAUGUACGAGAUGGCUGCCGGUUACCCUCCAUUUUUUGCCGAUCAACCCAUUCAGAUCUACGAAAAGAUCGUCUCAGGAAAGGUACGAUUCCCAUCUCACUUUAGUUCUGACCUGAAGGACCUGCUGAGAAACCUGCUGCAGGUGGACCUGACGAAGCGCUAUGGCAACCUUAAAAAUGGAGUUAAUGACAUCAAAGGACACAAGUGGUUCUCUGCUACUGACUGGAUAGCCAUUUACCAGCGGAGGGUGGAGGCCCCGUUUGUGCCUAAAUGCAGAGGUCCGGGGGACACCAGCAACUUCGACGACUAUGAGGAAGAAGAGAUCCGUGUGUCGUUCACGGAGAAGUGUGCGAAAGAAUUCGCCGAGUUUUAGAGGAAGAGAUGAUAGAAAUAGCGUGAGAGCGAAAUCUAGGUGGAGAGAGAAAGAGAAAAAGUGCAUGAAUCUUUAAACGAUCCUUCCUCCUGUUAAACAGCAGAGAAACCAGCGGAAGUGCGGAGACGACCUCCAGGGAUAAACAGUGAGGCCUUUUAUCAUCUCCACUAUUUUAAUCAUGUUUGUAAUUUUUUUAUCUUUGUUCAUGUGAUAUUCAUCAUGAUGGAUUGGAUAGGGUGUCCGUGUUGGCCAGUGGACUGAAAUUGUUUUUACUGCACAAAGAGCGACGGGUUAGUUAUCGUCUAUAGAGAGAUAUCGCUAAUCUUGAGCAGUCACUGCUAAGGUGAAAGACAUUCACUAGGUCACCAUAACAACCAUACUGAAAAAAAAGACAAAAAAGUAUGUAUUCCUGUGUAAUAACCGAAAUAUUUUUGGUCCUGUAUACUGUCAUGUGUUUCUUUAUUCUUACAAAUGCACUGAAGGGAUGACAAAGUGAAAAUGGCAAAGAACCGAAGCCAUGAUUUCAUGACACGAGCACCACUUUACCUUUUAUUUCCUUCUUUUCCAGCACUCUCUGUAAAAUAUUCACUGACGAACUUUGAACUUUCACCUACGAAAUGUGCCAUGAAAUCCUACAAGUGUCAAUAUUUUGACCCAUCAGUUGUUUCAUUGAUUAGAGCUGACGGAUAGCAUGAGCCCUAAAGGCUGCGGCGCGUGGACUGACCAUCAGCCUUUACUGCGGUAAGCCUUUGUGCAGAUGAGGGAACGAGUGUUUUUCUUUAGUUUCGUUUAGUAUUGUUAUUAAGAUAAUUGUUACGGUUUUCAUGUGCUUUUCCAACACCGACAAAAGCGCACACGCUCGUGCGUAAUUCGCACGGGGAAGCCUUGUGGCGGACACGCAACCGCAUCGCUCUUUAUUUUCGCUAUCUCCCUCCCCUUUUUUCUUCCGUUCGUGCAUUUUUAAAUAGGCAGUCUUCUCUCCGAAUGGGCGCAGUGCAUCUUGCUCCUUUUUGGGCGAGAAUUUCUUACACGCAAGUCUUUAACUCUCUAGGCUAGGCAAAAAUCUCCUGAGCUGGAGAAGAACUCAGUGGAUACCAGUGCUUACUCUUGAGGACAUGGUUCAAGUCAAUUGUGAUAUUUUGCACCACAAGAAUCAUUCCAAUAAAGUAUUAUAUAAGAAUAUAAUAUACGUAUUCGUGUCCCUUUUUCUGUGUCAUUGAAACACCUCACACUAUACUAACAUCAAGGCCCACCCUUCAGAACAGCUGCGGUCCUGUCUGCCAUGUCGCCGUGUGAGUCCUGAACUGUAUAGUGGGAAACGGCACCUUUUAACAAGAAGAAAAUUGAGGGCUGAUGGGUACACUUUCACACCAAAAUGUUUCAUACGCUAGAAGAGCAUUUUUUGCCAACUAUUAAAUUUGAGAUAAAACGCUCCUGAUUUGUUGUUAUGUAAGAGCUUCAUUUUUGAGCAUUAAGCACAACUACAGAAAACUUAUUUGAUCGAAGGGCUAUUGUGAAAUGGCUGACCAUACCAUAACAGAUCCAUCACUAUGUUUAACUGCUUCCUGGCUUUCGGUAUAGGCAAACCUGAACAUAUAUUUUGUGCUUAUUUUAUCGUUUGAUUUCCUCUCAUCACUUAACUUUCUCACUUUUU